GGGAGGAACACUGUGGGAGUGAAGGGGUCGUUGACGUGAACAUGAAAGUCUACAGUGAAAUACGAUGUUUUUAAUGUUUACGUAAAACUUUAGGAAUGUAAAGUUAAAUGAUUGAAAAUAUUUGAUAUCCAAUCACGUGAUAUAAUGUAGAGGACACCGGAAGUAGCUUGUAAACGGGCUUAUACGAUGUGAAAUCAUAGGCCUAGAUUCUCUUAAAAGAUUGCGUUAAUAUAUUGAUACUGUGUUUAUGUAAACAUGAAGUUUGCAUUUAUCUGAAAGCUUACUUUAGAACUUUCGUUCCGUUGUAAUUUUUGAAUUUAGAUUUGUGUUAACUUUUUGUGUAUUAAUGAGAGAAAUCGUGCAUAAAGAUAUUUUCUUCAACUUCUGGCGAUGGGUGAAGCCUUACGUCAGAGCAGCUCUUUAUUUGAGCUAAAUGUUACAAUUGUUUCUGCAAAGCUCAACUCUUCAAGCGUCCUUUUUAAGCCGAGCCCAUAUGUGGAGUUAAGUGUUGAUGGAGGUGUUCCUGUCAAAACAGAAUAUAGUAAAAAUACUUGUAAUCCAAAAUGGGGUGAACAGUUUCCAAUACUUGUCACACCUUACUCAAAGCUUCACUUUAAAGUAUUAAAUCACAGUUCUCUUAUGAAAGAUGGUCUUCUUGGAGAAGGAUCUAUUGAUUUGUACAAAAUUCUUGUAAAGCAUGAUGGCAAAUUGGAAAAAUUGCCUUGUCCUGUAGAACUGAAUGUAAAUGGAAAAACUGGAAGAUCAUCAAGCCAUUUAGUUACUGUUUUAGAUGGUUUGCAUAUUGAUCUAGGGAGGUUUCCUUUACGAGGUCACACUGAAAGUAUAUCUAAUGAAGAUGACCUAUCUAAUCUUAGCAUACGACCAAAUAAUCACACUCAAAGAUUGUCCGCAACUGAAGAUGCAAAUUCUUCUUUUAUGACAAACAACGUGAGUGGUGGUGUGAGAAUCAGAACAAGGCGUGGCAACAACCAUAUUCCUGCCUCCCCAAGUGGAAAUGUCUCUCCUGCAAACGGGUUGUCACCUAACAGCGGCGUUCGUAGGUUGCAAAAUGAUAGCCGUCAUCAGUCUCUACCAGCAAUUGUUAAUGAUUCCACGAUAUCCCCGUCUGUUGUUUCACCUGAUACAAGUGCACAGUCUGUUACACCAUUUUCCAUCACUGUAAACAAUAGUGUUCCUCCAAACAGGACAUCCACUUCUAUUGCAGCACCAACUAUAAAUGGAGCCUUACCAUCUUCAUCUAAUGCAACUAGUCAAACCCCACAAGCAACACAACCUCAAUCUUCUCAGCGCUCGAGUAACCAGCGACAAAGCAAUAAUAACACAGAGGAAGAACCUUUGCCGAUGGGGUGGGAAGUUAGAUUUGACCAGUAUGGAAGGAAAUAUUAUGUUGAUCAUAACACAAGGAGUACUACCUGGGAACGUCCUCAACCCUUACCCCCAGGGUGGGAAAUGAGACGGGAUAACAGAGGAAGAGUGUAUUAUGUGGAUCACAAUACCAGGACGACGACAUGGCAGAGGCCAACUGCUGAAAGUGUAAGAAACUAUCAACACUGGCAGUCACAUCAAGCUCAAGCUAUGCAACAAUGUCAACAACGGUUCCUAUAUCAUACUCCAGUACAAGUAGAAGAUGAUGAUCCUCUUGGUCCUUUGCCAGAAGGAUGGGAAAAACGUGUAGAUCCAAAUGGAAGGGUUUAUUUUGUAAAUCACAAGAACAAGACUACUCAAUGGGAGGAUCCCCGAACUCAGGGUUUGGAAGAUCCUUUGCCUCCAGGAUGGGAAAUCAAAAGAACCGCUGAAGGUUUGAAGUAUUUUGUAGAUCACAAUACAAAAACCACCACUUUCGUGGAUCCUCGCCAACCUUAUGCCACCAAAGGACCUAAGGGAGCUUAUGGAGUGCCUGUCGCUUAUGAGCGCAAUUUCAAAUGGAAGCUCACGCAGUUUCGUUAUCUGUGCCAUUGCAAUGCCUUACCAAGUCACAUUAAAAUCACCGUUUCAAGACAAAAUAUAUUUGAAGAUUCUUUUUCUCAGAUUAUGAGGGUUCCACCUCACGAAUUAAGGAGGCGGUUGUUCAUAACCUUCAGGGGUGAAGAGGGACUUGAUUAUGGUGGCAUUGCAAGGGAAUGGUUUUUCCUGCUGUCACAUGAAGUUCUGAAUCCAAUGUAUUGUUUAUUUGAAUACGCUGGAAAAAAUAAUUAUAGUCUUCAAAUUAAUCCUGCAUCUUCUGUGAAUCCAGAUCAUCUUUUAUACUUCAGGUUUAUUGGACGAUUCAUUGCAAUGGCCUUAUUUCAUGGAAAAUUCAUAUAUAGUGGAUUUACUCUACCAUUUUACAAGCGAAUGCUUGGGAAGAAACUAACCAUGAAAGAUAUAGAAUCAAUAGACCCAGAGUUCUAUAAUUCUCUUGUUUGGAUCAAGGAAAACAACAUUGAAGAAUGUGGACUAGAAUUGUAUUUUAGUGUUGAUUUUGAAAUUCUUGGUCAGAUUCAAUCACACGAGCUAAAACCUGGUGGUGGUGAUAUUCGAGUUUCAGAAGAGAAUAAAGAUGAAUACUUGAGAUUGAUGACUGACUGGAGAUUUUCUAGAGGGCAGGAGGAACAAACCAAAUCAUUUCUUGAUGGGUUUAAUGAAGUACUGCCUCUAGAAUGGUUACAUUAUUAUGAUGAAAGAGAGCUAGAGCUAAUGUUGUGUGGAAUGCAAGAAAUUGACAUUGAAGAUUGGCAACGAAACACUAUUUACAGGCAUUACACAAGAAAUGCUAAACAAAUUAUAUGGUUCUGGCAGUUUGUGAGAGAAAUGGACAAUGAGAAAAGAGCUAGACUAUUACAAUUUGUUACAGGUACCUGUAGAGUACCGGUUGGAGGUUUUGCAGAACUGAUGGGAAGCAAUGGUCCACAACGUUUCUGUAUAGAGAAAGUAGGAAAAGAAACAUGGCUACCUAGGAGUCACACUUGCUUUAAUCGCUUAGACUUGCCUCCUUACAAAAGCUAUGAACAGUUGAUUGAAAAGUUAACCUAUGCAAUUGAAGAAACUGAAGGAUUUGCCCAGGAGUAGAUGAGGAAUUAAAAAUUCCCAUUUGAUAUGUCUUCCGAAAGAAAUGUGAUGUCCCUGAAAGUUACACGUGACAAAGCUGCUGAAGAAGUUAACAGUUGCAAUAAUUGUGCAGCGUCUUAGAAUUCCAUGCAGAAAUAAUUGUCUCUGAACAAAGAGCAUUGCAUCAGGGCUGAAACAUUCAAGAUGAUCAAUUAAGUGGGUUCGUUUGCGAAGUUGCUCUAACAUAGAAUGGAUAUCAAAAUGAUCUAUGGUGUUUAUAAUAUAAAUAUCAUGGAGGAAUAUUUUAAUAUGAUUCUAACCAGAUAGGUAAUUUUUGCCUCUAAUUAUCAAAAAUCCUAUGGAUAUCCACUGGAUCAAAGAAAGCACUGUCAGAAUACAAAUGCUAUGACAGAACAAAGUUGACUUGUUAUAGCGUUUAGUUGACAUAUCUGUAAUUUAAUCUAAAAAUAUAUAUAUAUUGACAUUCCAAGAUUGACACAUUUUAAAACUAUUUGUAAAUUAUAAAAAGAAAACUGACCAGCCAAAUCAAAUGAAAAAUGAGAGGCUGCUUGUAAUAUUAUGUAAAAUUUAUGUAAUAAAUAUAUUCUUUCCUGAU